GCGGAGGGUGUGUGUCGUCCUUCUCAUCUUUAUCUCUCACUGAAAAACAAUCUUUUUUUUUUUUUUUAUCCAUUGCGUUGGCAAACUUCCUUUGUUUUACCUCAUUGUAAAUGAACUAGUAACGUAGAUAUAUUUUACAAAAAUUUUGAUUUAAAGAAAAAAACAUGAAUACGUUCAGUGUAAAGUUGUACGCCCUGGGUUGCCUGCUGACCUGUCUUACAGCAGCAGGUCACAGGAUGCCUAAUUUCAUAGCUCAAGAUGACCUUAGUGACGGGCAGCACGAGAUCAGACUCCACUAUAAUGGUGUUACCGGCAAGCAGACAUCGGUGGGUCGCCAGCAGGGAAGUGAAAGUGGGUUGGUCUUAAGGCAGGUGAGCCACCAUCGUCACUUGCUGACAUUAAUCAUGGUUGGAGAAGUGACUGACAGCACAAGUGUGGACGGCCUGUCGCUCAGAGACUGUGAAAUUACAUCUGACCCCACUGAAGUAAGCCUCUUCUUGGAUACCUUCAAGGAUGACGUGGAGACUGCCAGAAACAUACCUGCUGGUUCAUGGUCUGGGGAGCUACACAACGUAACCUUCGUGCAUUUGGACAGUGAGAGUCAGUUGCCAGAAUACCUGAGACCCAUCACUCACUUCAGGGAGCUCCGCUCACAGUGCAAGGCUCACCACCGGAGGGUACGGAAGGCAGUAAAGGCGAGGAGGCAGAUGGAAAAGUCUACUCAUAACCAACACACUCUGACACACUCCAGGUCGCGACGGGCAGUUUUGGAACACAUGCGAUUCUUUCCGUCGACCAAGUGGUGCGGCGCCGGCUACAGCGCUUCUGUAUAUGGAGAACUGGGAGGCUCCUCUGGGGCAGACAAGUGUUGUCGUCAGCAUGACCUACACUGUCCCUAUUAUAUUGGCUCCUUCGAGAAUAAAUAUAGCCUCAUGAACUGGAGCAUCGGUACUAUAAACCACUGCGCCUGCGAUGAGAGAUUUAAAGCAUGUCUGAAGAUGGCUGGCACUGGUGCCGCAGACAUGGUGGGCAACGUGUUCUUCAACGUGGUGAAAACUCGUUGCUUCAGGUUCGAGAAACAGAAGGUGUGCCGGAAGUGGUCGUGGUGGGGACGCUGCGAGAAGUACAGCAUGAAGAAUGUGGCCGUUUUGAGGGAAAACGUGCCCUACACCUCCUGAAUAUUCGGCCAUCAAAGUUACCUCAACGACUACCACGUUCCUGAAACAGUCUCUGCGCCAGGAGCAGGUUCUAUGCAUGACCUACACUUGCUUGCAUGAACCAACGGUGCCACACGAAUUUCUUUCAUAACCAUGAGCAUCACAUGGUUUCCAGAGGCUACAGUUUCCUGCAAGCCUUUCAGGCCAGGAAGGCUACAGGUUGUGCAAUUCUAUAACAGACUACAGGCUGUGCAGCUCUACAGACGAAGAUUCCUUUAGAAAUUAUCGCUCAUAUACCUAUGAGCUGGGCUUUUUUUUUUUAACCCAUAGUCAGCGCCGUUCUCCAGAAAAAAGCGUCAAACUCGCUAAGUUAUUCUGAGGAAGCUUUCAACCAACCAGUAUAGUUCUUAAUGGAAAACAUAAACUGGAACUUUUAAGAAUAGCCUUCAGCUGUUUUUCCUAUUAGAAGACUAAUCUGAACACUUUUCUCGAUAGAAGUAGACUACAGUUUCAGUUCUGACAGCAAAAUAUUUGAACCAGAGCAUCCUUCUAUAAGAACCGAACCGAACCAGAUCUACCAAAGAAAGUCGAUAGCGCCCUAUCCUUUGCGGAAAGCCCUAGAUUGAUUGGACAGAUGCUCAGCCGCAUAUGGAUUAUUUUUAUCUGAUAGCCACAGCCUCAUACUGUUCUUCCAGCAAGAACAAUAAUCGCCAAUGUUCCCCCAGGGACCCGGCAAGGCUAGUUGCAGUCCUGUGGAAGGAAACGGUGACCAGGUUCUGCUACCAAAGAUAGAACGUCCUCAUCCUGGAGUGUGAGGCGUUCCCAACUCUUCCUUCUAAUUACAGAUUAUUUUGAGGGAGUAAGUUCCUCGGAUGUUUGUUAUAACAUUUGGCCAUUUCUCAGGAAGGGAUUGAAAACAAUUGACUAACCUUCAGGUACCUAUUUACUUCAAGGGAACAGAGGCAACGAGUGUAAGGAAACUUGCUCAUACAUCCAUCCCGGGCAAGUUGAGAAGUUAAGGCAAGCUUUCCUACUCCGUUGCUUAUGUUAACCUAGCCGUUAAUGGGUACUUGGGUGUUAUUCGAUCUUUAUGGGCCGCUUCCAAGUAAUGGUCAACAACUGCUAUAACAACAAACAUCUGAUAAACUCAUACUAUCUUAAAAUGACUUAAACACUCAAUAUACGUUAGAAAUAAUGAAGCUGUAUACUCGUAAGCAGCGAAUACUGCCGUAAGGCAACACUGACAUAGGGACUCGCCUCAAGACAUGAAAAAUGUUAAGAGGUAAGGUAUUAAAGACCCGUUGUUGCUUUGGCUCUCCAUCCCAAUUGUGAACUCAGUACUUGAAAUUAUCCUAAGGCAACAUGCUUAGGACAAGAAAUAAUUAGUAACCCUAUCACACAGUCUUAUAAUAUCGAAUUGGUGAUUUCGAUAAAUAAGUAGUAAACAGUAAUAAACUGUUUCACAAACAGCUUCAGUUUGCACCACUUAAGGCUAAAAUGUAAGAAUUUAGCAUAUAUCAUAUUUUGAAGGGAUAGGAUAAAUUAUUCCUGUAAUUUACUUGCAAAAUUUAGGUUCAUUAGGGUUUUUAUUCCUCCCAAAAAGUAUUGUAUUGACUAAAAAAAUCAUAUUAGAUACUACCUUAAAAAAAGUUAAAAUGGUGCUAUUGGGGAAAAGCAAAUUUUGUAACAUUAAUAGUACAGAAUAUCGACAAGGUAAAAAGACAUAGUAUGUCCAACACUUGGGUAUUUUAUGGAGACGCAGGUGUUGCACAUGUGUUUAUCGGAAAGCAAAUUAAUGUGUAAAGGAACACAGUAUCAACAGUUGCUUAAAUUCCUAAGAUUCAAGUAAACACCUGUGAAGUUAAUUAUGAGUGCUUUUAGUAGUCACCGUCCCUUGAAAGGGCGCCUUGAUGCCAGUAGAGGGCUCUUGUUCUAAACAAGUGGAACUACCCUCUUAUUCAUUAGAUCAAAUUUGAUUAUCUCCCAUUCCCCAGGCGCUAUAUGACUCCUACAGCUUUUAGCGCUUCCCCACGAAAAAAAAAAAUAAUUGAGAACUAAAUGAACAGAUAAAGUUUUUGCUAUACCAAAGUGUAAUGAUGUUGUAUUUAUCAGUUUUGGUUUAAGACCACAUUUUCGUUUUUACGCGUUUCGUAUCAUAGCAAUAGUCAUUUCAUUUUACAAGACAUUUACAUGCCAUAACAUACCACUUAACACACCAUACCAUCACUCGAUUCACUAUCAUUUAUUUACCGUGAGCAGUCAGGUGCAUUGUAUGAUCACAUCAUUCACCUUGAUCACAUUUCACCAGUGGAGUCUAAAAAGGCUCAAACAUUUCGCAAUGUAAAAGUAGGUCUAGUAAUAUUUGUUAUAUUGUACCGCAAAACAUGGAGGCAGCAUCUCUGAUUACACUGUAGAAAUGACCUAAGUUUAUUGGUAGAUGUCUACUGUCACUCAGAUAUAAAGUAUAGCUGAAAUUGUUCCAUUUAAAAUGUGUAAGCUAUAUUUCUAGCACAUGGUUGUGCAGGUAACAUUAAGGUAUCAUGUGUUUGUGUAUAUAGUCUGUUCUUGCAAAGUGGUUGUAAAUACAAGAAUAAAAGUAAUAUUUAUUUUUGUUUAGUGUAUUGGUGACAUUAACGCUGUCUAUUUUUUACCAAUAUGUGAUGGUCUGUAUCGAUGUAUUUAUUUGUGAACCAGUGUCACGUAAGUUUAUAUAAGAGUAUUUGUGUUAACAGAACUUGGAGUAGGAAAACUAGUAAACCGUUUGUCCUGCUUAUUGAUAUUUGUAAUAUUGUUUGUAUUACUGUAUUUUGAUUUUUAACAAAUAUUUUAAUGCAGAAAUAUCUUUAUUACAAUGUACAUUAUUAAUACCCAAUGUAACAGACAUUCCUAAGAGUUUAAGUUCCUAUGAUGGAAAUAUUUAAUAGAUGGCAUUUGCCUUGUACAGUAUUAUUAAAUUUUAGAAUAAAAUGCUAGAUUUUUCAAAA